UGAGAUCUCAUCUUUAAGGAACUGAACUAAACUCAUUCUGCUGCAGCGUGCAGGCAAUACAGUCGUUGGAGAUUCGUGGCCCCGCUAGAGGAGCUGUAGAUGUUAAGAAUUUCCAUUUUUAAACAAUGAAUUUGUCUACUCGUUGAACUCCAUCGCUAAAGCUUCAACGACACACCGGGAACUUUCCAGCUUUAGAUUUCCCGGCUCUAGAAAAAUUCAUCACAUCUGGACCCUCACGAUUCGUACAUUCGGGCGCGGCAUGGCCCUACUUUCGUUCACGAUUCCCGCUGGACAUUUUGUUCAAGCCCUUCGCGUCGAUUGGAGAAUAUGAGACUCGAUGACCUUCUUUUCUUAAAAUAAUUUGCGGAAGCCUUGGUAUCUAUAAGUGGACUCUCCUAAAAGUCUGGAGUUCACCGUCUGUUCCGCUCUGGAGGAUCUGCUGGAGGAAUUUAGCAAGCUUCAGCAGAUUACAGAAGAUAAGCAUCCAAUGACGCCGUAAAUUGGAGUCUCUAUGCGAGUAUAUGGGUGUGCUUCGAUAUUGAAGUUCCUGACCAUCGUAUGUCAUUCCAGUCUUGGAUGUCUGCCUGGCUCAGGGCAGUCAGGAAAUGAGAUAUCUGCGAAAACAAGGCUUUGGUGUUCAAAACCUGCCGGAGUUCAUGAGAUAGCUUGAGAAGCUGAUCUUCUUGUGACUAGGAAGACAGGGCAAUCUCUUGCUGCUGCCGCCUUGUAGCUUUGGAGCCCAUAGAGAGCCCACAUUUGAUUUCCAUGCAGUCCUGCGCUAGAUUCACAAGGUCGACCGUGGGGAUGAUUGUUGGAAGAGCUAAGGAGGAUAAUCCACGAAAUUGUCCUGGUCUGCACUGCCUGCCUGCCGAAGUCUAAGGUUCAGCUGGGUUCACAAGGCUUACUGGCGACUUGGCGAUUUGAUUGUUCAUGAUGGGCACACGAGCAUUUGGUGGGUACGGCGACCAUGCUCGUCUAUCCGCCGCGGGCUGUAACCUGAACUCAGAAAAGAUCUUGUCAAGCGUUAUAAAUCCAGAUAUGGUAAGAGUGGCCGAACAUUUGCCUCGGAAAAAGACCAAACUUUCCAAUGCCCUCCAUUCGCACCAUUGACGACCGAUAUGGUCCCUCUCUCUUUCUGCAGUCGAAGAUCCUCACCUCCCCCGCUCUGAACUUCCACGACGAUAGCAGUCGAGCGGAGACAUGUGGCUUCCUGCAUGACUGCCCGGGGAACAAUUCAAGCAACAGAGUUGUUUGUAAGGACAUUUCAAGCACGGGACCAGUGGACUUGGCUGUGUCUCCUCUACCGUCCUUGACCUGGUCUGAUCAAAAGGAUUCAUUUAUACUCAUCCACAAGCUCAAGGACAAAGACCUGAGGUCAUGAUCUUUGUAAAUUUGUCUUUCGGUCGUUUCUAUGAAAAUGAACCGCAUCCGCAGGUCAAUGCCGAUCACCUUCCACUGUAGUCACAGACCAUGACAGCGCUGGUUGUUCGAGCCCGGACACUUGCAUCCUAAAAUGGACUACACGUAAAGCAGCUAAAGAUUUAUGGGACUAAGGGACGAAACGAGCAGAUCUAUGAGCUGUGCUAUGUGGUGGGUAGAAACGCUACCAAAUUCUCAGCAACGAAGCAAACAGUGGGCUCCUGACUGACCUUGUAGAACAGAUCUGGAAUCAACAGGAGUUUAGACGCGCAACUAAAGCGUUAAAGCAGGCCAUGUUUUUGCUGGAGAACCGAAUUCCCCAGAGUUUAUCAGCUCGAUGCUUGUGAAACCUCAAUGAUUGUAUCGCAGUCAUGAGCUGCACCUUCCUCCGGUAGUCUUCCACUAAUGAGAAUGAAGAACUGCAAUUGUUGCUCUCAAUAAUAUUCUUGACGUUUGAAGCUCUAAAUUUGCUAUUGUCUUUCUUACUCAAGUUGGGCAAGUGAGAUUAGUCACGGUAUAUUUGUGCAAACAGGUAGAGUCCGAUGACAAUUUUAUCUAAUCUUUUCAUUUUGCAGUCCAGAAGCUUAAGAACCUAUUAUUAUCUCGAGACCUUAUGUAUGGCCAGGAGGACCAAUAAGUAGCAGCGUACGUAUAUUUUCCCAACGUACUCACCUACACUGCCCUUGUCAAUAGAGAGAUUGCAAGGUACUUCCACAUCUCUCGCUAAUAUGUGAUGUC